CAGCAGAUGGCCACCGAGCAGCACAGCACCCAGGUCCUGCUGCAACGGAGCCAGCAGGCUGAGAGGGAGGCCAACGAGAGAGUCCAGAACCACCACCAGCAGGCACCAUGCAGAGAGAUAGGACGCUACUGAGUCACAGUGAUGAGCAGAAGAAGAGAAGGGAAGUAGAGGCACUGAAGAGAGACUGCCAGAAAGACAUUCUGCAGAUGAAGAAGCUGUUUUAUGACUCCCACAGGAACCCUAGUACCAAGGCAGUAGCCUCAGGCUCUAAGUCUGCAGGAGAGGUGAACCCUACAACAUCAGAUGAACCAUGCAACCAAACAAGAGCACUUACAACCAGUACUUCCCCUCCGCCCCUGCCUCCCCCCUUGUCCACCAGCCCUGUGGAGUUCAAUGCGCAGUUGCUCCGCUCCCCACCAGCCUCUGUCACACACAGUGCCGUUCAUCCAGAGGUGCUUAGCAGUAGAUGUGAGGAGCAGAGCAGGAACCAGGGGAAACCUCUGAAAGACCUGGCUAAUGAGAGGGAGGCCAAAGAGGCUUUAGACUCCGCCAAAGGGGUUGUCUGUUCUGGACAGAAGCCUGAGCCCAGGCCAGUUAUUGCUCCGCUAGCAGGGACCACUAGAGUCAUACAUAUGACCCAGAGACCCCUCCCCCCCCCCAAACCCCGGUCAGAGCACCCCUUCAUGACAACCAGGACGCUCGCACACAAGACCAAUAAGUCUGCCAACCAGACAAAAGACUCUGUGAACAAACCGUCUGAUAGGAAUUACCAUAGGUCACACGGGGGGCGGGUCCAGAGCUCCGACAGCUCUGAGGAUGAGAGCGCAAACAGUUCGGACCUGGGCUCGGACCAAUCACGGAGUAGCUCCGUGGGUCGGAGACUCGGGAAGAAGAAAAAGAAGAGGAAGGCUCUGGUGACCCGGACCCCCGUGGAUGCCGCCGGGGGGGGAGGCAGCGUCCACAGCGUCCGCUCAGCAGAGGAGCUCCUUCGGGAGGCGCAGGACAUCGCUGGGGUCGGCCCUGGGGAAGAGGCGGUGGGGGAAGACCUCCACGGCCAGCAGAGGACCCCAGAGGAGAUGGUGGAAGUUGCCAAGAUGUUGGUCAGGGAGCGAGGGAGGACGGUGGAUGAGAUUAUUGCCUCGCUGCAGAGCGGGGCGAAUGACAUACCGUCGGCCUCCGAUCAGAUGAUCAAGGAGCUCAUAGAGAAGGUGCUGGGAGGCAGCUACGAGGAGGAGCCAACCAAGUAUAAACCUCAACGUGUGAAGGAAAAGAAAAUGGAGGGCAGCCGUGUCAAAAAGGAGGUAGUCUACACAGAGGUCUACGUUCCUCAGAGGUGGGUGAGGAGGGAGAUGAGUCCCACUGAGUCCACCCAGCGACCAGCUUCCUCAGGGAUCUACAAGAUGGCCGCCCCAGGACCAGAGGAUCAGGAGGACAUAGUUUCCAUGACCACCACCCUCUCACAUACGGUGCCGUGUGAGGAUGUAUUGUUGGUGAGAGGAGGUGCCAUGUCUGGAGCCCAGAGGCCCAGGAGGGGCUCCCUACAGACCCACACCCGGCAGGAUCUCUCCCUGCUGGCUACUUGGAGGCCCAAAACCAGCUGUUCAGAGUACAAGACUAUCCAUCACCUGUGUACGACCCCAGCUAGCCACACCCUCCGCCCGGAGCUGUGCCUAGCCUCCCGUGUGUGCCACACCCCCGGCAUGCUCGCAGCACCACCUCUCUUCUGCCAGCAGAGGGCAGCACUGAACCUCAUCGCCGCUCAUCCCGACUGUCACAGGAUAUUGACAGAAGGUGAACCCUGUGAGGGGUUACCAGAGGAGGUACCAGACAGUGUGGUCCACCUGUCCCCUGCCACCUCAGACAGCCUGGCAGACUGGCAGAGGAUAGCAGAGCACUAUGUGGAGAAACCUAGGAUGCUGUUGCAGGGACAGAUGAGCCCCCUUUGUUCCAACGAGCUGAAGAUGUUCUGGAACCCAGCCCCCCCCAAGUUCAGCUGCUCCCCUGCCUUCAUUGAGCACAAACUCUUCCCUGAAUACCAGGCAACCAGGCAUGAUCUGUCGAGUGAGGAGUUGUUUGAUGACCUGCCGGACCGGUUGGAAUCUGCCUUGGAUGUCACCGGAACGGAGAUAAACUUCUCUAUGGGGAAUGUGCUGUCGAGGAAGUUCCAGUCUGUGGUGGAUCUCCAGACCCUGCAGCCGGCAGGUGACCUGUCCUCCAUCAAGCAGCGGCCCCGCUCGGCCCCCAACCCCCCCCUGGACCCUGAGGCCUCCCUCAAGGUGUCCUGUGACUACGCCACCAUCACCAAGGAGCUCCGGCUGGUCAGCCAGCAGCUCUCCUCCCCCGCCCGUGCUACCGAGGCCCCCUCGGGGCAGCCCGCAUCCACCCCCUCCCAGCAGGACUCCCCCCCAAACCCCACCGCCCCCGCAGGAGAGGAGCUGUCCCCGGGGGGAAGCCCGGGUCCAUUCCCCCCACAGCAGCAGCGUCGAGAUGAGGGUCGGGGGGCGGUGCUGGGAGGGAGCCGGAAGCGCACCUCUGUGUUCUACGGCAGGAGGAGGAUGAGGGGGGCGAAGAAGCUGAGCCCUGCUAAGCUGGCCGACAUUUUGGAGACACUUAAGAAGCCCCCACGCAUACUGAUCAGGAGUGAAUCCAUGCUCCAGUUAUCAUCCAAACCCUUCCCCAAAUCCCAUGGCUGGGCCCCCCCCCCGGCUCCCCUGUCCCGCUGCCCCAGUGUGCCCCUGGUUCUGGACUUCCAGAGCUUCACGGAGGGAAGGGGGGGCAUCCCGGAGGAGUGGCCCCCCCGGGAGUGGGUGAGGGACAUCUGGGAAGUCUGGUUUGACGAGGUUUUCCCCCCCCUAGACGAAAGCAACAGCACCGAUUGCAGGGAGGAGGGCCCGAUCGAGACCCUGAGACCUGGGGACAAGGAGCGGACUCCAGAUGAGAUCAAGACCCUGGAUCACGUGGACCUGUCCCUGAGCCUGGAGCCACACCUGACCCCUGCCGACCUGGAGGCCGAGGUGGCUCGUCUGAGCCACACCCUGGCCCAGCAGACAGACAAGCCCAUCCCCUUCCACCUCUGUCGGCGGGGGGCCUUGCACAGGAAGCUGGGCCGCCUCAACCUGGCCCUCGAGGACCUCAACGCUGCCAUCUCCCUGGAGCCCCGUCUGCUGAACGCCUACUGGCACAGACACAGCAUCCACCUGCUCAGGAACAAGCCGUCCAGCGCCCUGGAAGACCUCAAUGUCAUCAUCAAGCACAACGGGAAGCACGCAGGUAGGACCUUCAUCAUCAAGCACAACGGGAAGCAUGCAGAUGCUUUUAAGUCCAAGGCAGAGAUCUACCGGCUCAGAGGGGAAAACCUCUUGGCUAUCAUCAACUACACACAAGCUAUCAAGUGUAAACCGGAAGAUGAUGAGAACUACUUCAAAAGGGCUCAGAUGUAUGAGAAGAGGAAGGAAAUUCUUCUGGCCAUGGAGGACUAUGCUAAAACAUCCACCAUCAACCCCAAGCGGACUGAUGCCCUGAUGAUCCACGGUCUGCACUACUUCCACAGCAACAACUGGAUGGUGGCUCUGAACGACUUCACCCAGGUUUUGCAACAGGACCCGGGCCACUCUGAGGCCAGGACCUACCGGGCCAGGGUGUACUUCAGGCUGGGGCAGCACCUGGAGGCCACCGAGGACUUCUCCCUGGCCCUCCAUCUGGACCCCAACAACUGGGUGGCGUUCUACAACCGGGGCUGUCUGCUCCGCAGGAUCAACCCUGACAUGGCUCUCAAGGACCUCAGCACCUCAGUUCUGAUCAAUGAUAGGGAGGACAACUUGAAAGCCUUCCUGCACAGGGGCCUGCUCUACACAGAGAGGAAGCAGUGGCAGCAGGCUGUGUCUGACUUUGAAGCUGUGAUCAAGCUGGACAGGUCAGUGGCCGUGGCCCAUGUGAACCUGGGUCUGAUCUACAUGCUGAAGAUGAACCAGAACAUGCAGGCUAUCAAGAUGUUCACCAACGCCCUGCAAGCCAACCCCACCUAUAUCAGAGGCUACAUCUGCCGUGCUCAGGCCUACCACAAGGCGAAUGACAUAAAAAGAGCUCUUAAGGAUCUGACUCGAGCCACACACAUGAGACCUGACGCCCAACAAUUCUACAUCAUGAGGGGUCAGUAUCUAUGUGACAUGGAGCAGUUUGACCUGGCCACGUUCUGUAUCCAGUAUGCUGCUGAAAUGAACAAAGCCCUGGGUUCAUCUCCCCUCCAGCAGGCAGCUGUGCAGUGCUUUCUGGGGAAUGACCACAAAGCCAUCGCCUGUCUGGAGGAGGCUUCCAGCAACAAGCUGUCCCUGCCCAUCCUCUUGCUCCUGGGCAAGACCCAGAUGAAGACCCGCGAGUUCAUGGAUGCAGUAGAGAGCUUCAGGAAGGCGCUGACUCUGCUCAGCCCCAUUGAGACCAGCCUGUGUACCAUCCCAGAGGCUGCAGAGGUCUUCUACCAUAUAGGGCUGUGCUACAUGUACCAAAGCCUCCUUACACAGGCACUGGAUGCGUUCAGUAAUGCAGUGAAGAUCAACCAGGACUAUGCAGAGGCCUACCACCAGAGGGGGCUGUGUCGCAUGAGGCUGCAGCAGUCCAAGAGCGUCCAGGACUUCAACAGAGCCCUCAGCAUCAACCCCAACCUCUUCCAGGUGUACCUGAGUCGUGCUGCCUUCUACGGAGCCCAGGCACGCUACUCCAAGGCCAUCCUCAACUGCAACGAAGCCAUCAGGAUCCAGCCCAAAAGCAUCAGGGCAUUUCUGUACAGAGGAGCACUCAGGUUCUACCUCAAGACAUAUAAGGGGGCAGUGGAGGACCUUUCCAUGGCCAUCAGGAUAGACAACACCUGCUACUUUGCCCACUACAACAGAGGAGUUUGUUACCAGCAGCUUAAACUCUAUCAUCUGGCUCUCAUAGAUUAUGGGAUAGUCCUGCUGGUCCCUGGAAAGCAGGACAUUGAUUUAAAAGUCCUGAUCAAUCGAGCUCUCCUCUAUCUGGAACUAGGGGACCAUGAAAGUGCCUUACAGGAUUUCAAAGCUGCGUCGCUGAGAAGCCCUGAGGAUGCUAACAUCUACCAUGCUCUAGGAGUUUUUCAUCACAGACAAGGUCAGCUGCAGGACUCCGUCGAGGCGUUCAGCCAUGCCAUGCAGCUCAGCCCCUUCUUCCUGGAUGCCUACGUGGGGCGGGGCAACGCCUACAUGGACUACGGCCACGCCCACGCCAUCAAGCAGGCCCAGAGAGACUUCCUGUCAGCCCUGCACCUGGAUCCCCUCUGCUCCACUGCACGCAUUAACCUGGCAUACAACCUGCAGGUUCUCGGGUUUUUCCAGAGAGCGUGGAACCAGUUCACCGUGGCGGUGGAGAUCAACCCCAGGAGCUGGAUAGCUCUGGAGGGCCGCGCGGUGGUGAGCCUGCAGAUGGGAAGCACCUACGCUGCCUUACAAGACAUCAACUCCGCCCUGAAGUAUAACCCACUGUCGGACCAGCUGCUGACCAACCGCGGGGUGAUAAACCAGUAUAUGGGGGAUGUAGUGGGCGCCAUGAGAGAUUACCAGAAGGCCAUCUCAGUCAACCCCGCCUACGCCUUGGCACACUUCAACGCUGCCAACCUCUACUUCUACAACAGCCGCUUUGAACAGGCCUGCGAGUACUACAGCCACGCGUUUGAGCUGGACCCAGAGGACGAGUCAGCGCUUCUGAACCGGGCCAUCACUCGAGCGCUGCUGCGGAAGGUUCCGGAGGCCCUACAGGACUUCUCCCUGGCCCUGAAGCUCAACCCCGACUCAGCUCACGUCUACUUCAACCGAGCCAACCUCUACUGCUCCCUGCGGAAGUACACCCUUGCAGAGAAAGACUUCACCCAAGUGCUCCAUCUGCAGCCCAGCGAUGCGUUGGUCUACAAGCUGCGUGCUGAUGUCAGAGGUCACCUGGGCUGGACCCAGCAGGCUGUGGAGGACUACAGGACAGCCGUGGAGCUGCAGGAGGGCAUGGACGGGUGAUAGGAUCAAACCUACACACUCACACUCACACACACGUACACACACUCUCACACACACUCACACUCACACACACGUACACACACUCUC